UGGUUUUUACAAAGGCAUGGGAUUCCCCCUUUUGUCGACGGGGACCUUAAAUGCUCUCUUCUUCGGCGUCUAUGGGAACACCGUCAGAAUCUUAUCGGAAGGUCGAGACAGACCGUCUUUCACUGAUAUAUUCUUAGCCGGGUGUGCGGGCGGAGUUGCACAGCUGGUUGUUGCUUGUCCGGUGGAUUUAAUCAAGAUUAAGAUGCAGAUGCAAACAGGGUCUAGCGAAGGCAUCUGGGGCAAGCACUUCGAGUCACAUUACAGAGGUCCCACGUCUUGUUUGCUCGAUUUAUACCGCAAGGGAGGCAUUCGAGCGUGUUAUACAGGAUUGAAUUCAAUGGCAAUACGAGAUAUUCCCUCGUUUGGCAUGUAUAUGAUUCUGUAUGAAGGCUUCAUCAGGACUCUGUGUGGCUCAGAGCAGAGUGCCAGCCCAAGCUCUCUCGUGUUCUGUGGAGGAAUGGCAGGAGUAAUAUCCUGGGCAAUGAUCAUUCCACUGGAUGUCGUCAAAUCAAGAAUCCAAGGUGAUAAUCCGUCCAAUCCGCAGUAUAAGAAUGCGCGAGACUGUUUUGUGAAGAGCUACAAGGCGGAAGGAUUAAAGGUUUUCACUCGAGGUUUCUGGAUGAUGAGUCUCAGAGCCUUCCCGACCAACGGCGCGAUCUUCUUAGGCUACGUGAGCUCACUCAACCUCCUGAAGAGAAUUUCGGGAGAACGACAGGAGAGCGAAACCGUCGUUGUAGCGGCAUAAGGGGAAAUGGAUGUGAUGUUUAGGAGGGUCAUUACUUGAAGAAAUGCGUGUGUACAUGCACGUACACGCACAUACAGAUACACGGACACACAGUCACAAGCACACGCAUACGCACACACGCUCACACUCACGCACACGUUCACGCACACGCUCAUGCAUACGCACACACACACACACGCUCACACUCACGUACACACACUACAUUUAAGAUUAACAUUGUUGUAUCAGACUGAAUGACACCAGUAUCAUUUCUUACUUGUAAAGCGUUUUUGAAUUUCCAAAGUAAGAUUGCGAGCUAAACCAAUGACAAUAAGGAAAGUAAAUCAUUUAUGUAUAUCUUUUUCACUUACAGCAGAAGGAAAGAAUCAUAAGUAAUAACUUGGGAACAUGUGAUACGGUUAUUUUAUGAAGCAAAGAUUUAUAUAACUAGAAAAAACAUUCAAUGCUCAUCUCUUUGCUCAUAUGAAUUUUCAGUAAAAGGUUCUCAGAAAGCCAUCACACACACACACACACACACACACACACACACAC